CACCUCGACACCAAUACAAACCAAAGAAGAAGAGAUUGAGCGCGGGUUGUUUGAGUUUCGGUGUGGGAAGCAGUUCUCCCGUCAUGGAGUCCACAGAGAACAGGUAUGCCCACCUGCUGCAGCCAAUCAGAGAGCUCACCAAGAACUGGGACAUCGACGUGGCGUCUGAGCUCAACGACUACCUAGAGGAGCUGGAUGAGAUGUGCAUCACCUUUGAUGGAGGGAAAACCAGGCUGAACUUUGCAGAAGCUGCGCUGCUCAUCCAGGGAUCCACCUGCAUUUACAGCAAGAAGGUGGAGCUUCUUCACACCCUGGUUUACCAAACGCUGGAGUACAUCAAUGACAAGAACAAGAAGCGGAGCAAAGAGGCGGCGGAGGCUCAGAACGGCGCUGCAGGGGAAACGCAGACGAGCUACGAUGACGACGACGCGUCUUUCACUGCUCUGGACCUGGAGGUGCGUGACUCGUCCCAGAGGUCGGACAACAGCACGAGCGUCAGGAUCGUUCCUCUUCCUCCAGAAUCGCUGAUUCCUCCUGAAACCCAGGAGAAGAACAAGCUGCCUCUCAUCAGUGUGAAGGGCGAGGUGGUGUGCAGCCAGAAGGACUUCAGGAUGAACCUGUUCAUCCCAGGAUCGAAGGACCUGAUCCUGCUAAUUCCUCGAUCGACCGCGUCUUCCAGUUUCCUGCUGGAUCAGCACCUUGAACCCUUCGCCACGCAGCAUCCAGCUGAAGCUCCGGCCGCCUUCGAUCAAGACGACGACGGCGCAGCCGACGCUGCGGAGAACUUCCUUCCUGUCGAGGACAUGGAACAAGAACCAGAGGAACAUGUGGAGCGCCAACAGACCUCACUUACUAACCAGGUUCUGUUUCAGGCUCCUAGUGACGGCCGGAUGAUCCGGGAGAGACGGAAUGUGGAGAAGCAGACGGAGGAGAUGAUCCCAGCUGCUGAGGACGCCUGGAGUCUCCAUGAUCCCUACUCUGUCCUGAAAGCAGACGAGCCCUUAAGAGCAGGAAAGUACUACAAAGUUCCCGACGGCCUCGAUGAUGGAGGGAAGAGGAAGAGGAAGCGAGCGGCGCCCCUGCAGGACUUCAGGAGCUGGUUCAGAGGAGCCUUCAAUCAACCUGUGGUGAAGCUGAAGGUCGGACCCACGUUCCUAGACCUCAACUACAUCUACCAGAGCACCAUCAAGGACAAAGUGAGGAGACAGAGGAGGAUCUGCAGGCGAGUGUGGUUGGAGGACUCCGCUGCCAGUUUAAUGACGCCAUGCUUCCUCCCUCCUGCAGCUGAAGCUCCGGCCGCCUUCGAUCAAGACGACGACGGCGCAGCCGACGCUGCGGAGAACUUCCUUCCUGUCGAGGACAUGGAACAAGAACCAGAGGAACAUGUGGAGCGCCAACAGACCUCACUUACUAACCAGGUUCUGUUUCAGGCUCCUAGUGACGGCCGGAUGAUCCGGGAGAGACGGAAUGUGGAGAAGCAGACAGAGGAGAUGAUCCCAGCUGCUGAGGACGCCUGGAGUCUCCAUGAUCCCUACUCUGUCCUGAAAGCAGACGAGCCCUUAAGAGCAGGAAAGUACUACAAAGUUCCCGACGGCCUCGAUGAUGGAGGGAAGAGGAAGAGGAAGCGAGCGGCGCCCCUGCAGGACUUCAGGAGCUGGUUCAGAGGAGCCUUCAAUCAACCUGUGGUGAAGCUGAAGGUCGGACCCACGUUCCUAGACCUCAACUACAUCUACCAGAGCACCAUCAAGGACAAAGUGAGGAGACAGAGGAGGAUCUGCAGGCGAGUGGGGUUGGGAACGUCGGAAAAGGAGCUGAAGAGGACCUUCCUGCAGCCAGAGGAGGCGGAGCCUGUGGAGGACUUCAGAUGUGCCGAGUUGCUGGGUGCCGACAACGACGACUCAGACAUGGAACCUGAUGGGUUUCCUGAUGACAUUCCUGCAGAGUUUGCCGGAGCUCCAGACUUCAGCCCUGCAGAGGCUCAGAAGGACAAUCUGACGUACGAAGACUUGGUGAUGCUCCGGGUUGAGCAGAUGGUGGUCAACAGUCAGGGCUACGCCCAGGAGACGGCUCUAUCCCGCAGAGUCAAGGAGUGGGAGGAAAAGAUCCGGCCUGAGCUGGCGCUGCAGGAGGAACGCCCCCCGUUUGACAUCCACGACUACGGCGAGCGGAUCGUCAGAGAGCUCGGCGACGUCGGCCGGCGGCGGUUGUUCGCUUCCAUCGUUAGUGGUUUGGACAACAUGGAGGCCUGCAAGUACAUGCUGGCUUCACUGCAGCUGGCCAACGACUACACGGUGGAGAUCGACAGCACCGUGGGUCUGGAGGGCGUGGACACCAUGGCCCUGACCCUGCUCAGCACCCAGAGAGCCACGGACCGCUUCCACACCCUGUCUGGGCUGUGAGACGGCGCCAUCCAACUUUAACAGAACCCCUUCUUUCUCUUUUCAUAAUUCCAAUAAAAUAUUCACUUUAUUUCGUACA